AUGUUAAUCAAUGAUUUCCUAUCACAUAGUAAACGAAUUUUGGUCGGAAGUGGGCCGGAGUCGAUUGAAGAACUGAACGGUUAUCUUUAUUCUGGUUUGAAAAAUGGUUCUUUGGUUCAAUUAAAUCCAACAACUGGAGAGGUAGUUAUCAUUUAUGCACCAGAAUCAAAGACAUGCGGUGGUGAUGAAUACGAACAUAUAUGUGGACGAAUAUUGGGAAUAAGAAAAUAUUCUGAUAAAGAAUUAAUUUUUGUUGAAGCAUACAGUGGUUUAUAUAAAUUUAAUGUUGAAACAAAAACAAUUAUUCAGUUGAUUGCAGCAAAUGACACACGUUUUGACAAUCGUCCAUUACGUUUUAUUAAUGAUUUAGAUAUAUUAGAUAAACAGUAUAUCUUUUUUACCGACUCAGACUGGUUAUAUCCGAGAAGAAAUUUUGUUUCAACUCUUCUACGAUCUAAUCCGCGUGGACGAUUGAUUCGUUAUGAUAUUAUCAAUGGAAAAGUUCGUACAUUUAAUAAUCAGUUAUCUUUUCCAAAUGGAGUUCAGCUAACAGUCGACCAACAAGCUGUUCUGAUUUGUGAAACAUCAUUAGCACGUAUUAUGAGAUUUUGGAUUAAUGGACCAAAAACAGGAAAAACUGACAUAUUUAUCGAGAAUUUGCCCGGUAUAUGUGAUAAUAUACGUAUGACAGAAAGAAAAACAUAUUGGAUUGCAUUUGCAGCUGUCAGAAGUUUAAUGAAGCCAACGUUAGUUGAUCGUCUAAGAACAUGGCCACUUUUACGAACAUUAAUAUCGUAUUUUCCAUCAUGGAUUCUUAACUAUUUUAUGCAUUCAAGUCGUCAUGGUCUAGUUAUUGAGGUUGAUAACAAUGGCCAAAUACUACGUUCAUUACAUGAUCCUGAAGGUAUUAAUAUACCUUCAACGUCACAAGUAACAGAAUAUAAUGGUUAUCUUUAUUUUGGAUCCUAUUAUUUGCCAUAUAUCGGUGCCUUCAAACUGUAG